AUGCCUUUCUCUUUACUUCUCAUCCUUAAUUCCCAGUUAUACUUUGAAUCCUCAAAGGCGGCCAUGGGGUGUUCACCACUGUCCCUCUCUCAAUCUUUCUCUUUCUUUCUGUUUGUCUUCCAUUUCCAUUCUACAAUUUCAUCUCCACUCUCCUCAAAUUACUCCUCCUCCUCCUCCUCCUCUUCUUCUCAUUUGUGUGCUCAUCACCAAUCUCUUUCUCUCCUUCAAUUCAAACAAUCAUUCUCCAUUAAUAGUUCUGCUUCAUCGGACUACUACAAUUGUCAGUAUCCCUUUCCAAAAACAGAGUCAUGGAAAGACGGUACAGACUGCUGCUUGUGGAAUGGGGUCUCUUGUGACCUGAAAACCGGGCAUGUCACUGGACUGAACCUCUCUUGCAGCAUGCUUCACGGAACCCUGCAUUCUAAUAAUUCUCUCUUCUCUCUCCAUCAUCUUCAAAAGCUCGACCUCUCUUUCAAUGAUUUCAACACCUCCCAUAUUUCUUCUGGAUUUGGCCAGUUCUCCAAUCUGACGCUUCUUAACCUUAGUGGUUCAGAUCUUGCAGGCCAAGUUCCAUUGGAAAUCUCUCAACUCUCCAAAUUGGUUUCACUUGAUCUCUCUGAUAAUGACAAUUUGAGUCUACAACCAAUUUCUUUUGACAAGCUUGUUCGAAACCUAACCAAGCUUAGAGAACUCCAUCUGAGUUGGGUAAACAUGUCACUAGUUGUUCCCGAUUCCUUGAUGAAUCUGUCUUCUUCUCUGUCAUCACUCAAACUCAUUGGCUGUGGAUUGCAAGGAAAACUCCCAUCCUCGAUGGGGAAAUUUAAGCACCUGCAGUACUUGGAUCUUGGAAGGAACAGUCUUACUGGUUCAAUUCCAUAUGAUUUUGAGCAACUCACUGAGUUGGUUUCACUUGAUUUCUCUUGGAACAACUAUUUGAAUCUAGAACCAAUUUCAUUUGACAAGCUUGUUCGAAACCUAACCAAGCUUAGAGAACUUGAUUUGAGCUCUGUAAAUAUGUCUUUGGUUGCACCUAAUUCCUUGACCAAUUUGUCCUCUUCUUUGUCAUAUCUUUCGCUCCUUGGUUGUGGAUUGCAGGGGAAAUUCCCGGGUAACAUCUUUCACCUCCCAAACCUUGAAUCACUGGAUCUGUCAUACAACCAAGGCCUCGCUGGCUCUUUUCCUUCGUCCAAUUUGAGUAAUGUCCUCUCUCGGUUGUAUCUUUCUAAUACAAGAAUUUCAGUUUAUUUAGAAAACGACUUAAUCAGUAAUCUAAAGUCAUUAGAAUAUAUGUCUCUUCGUGAUUGUAACAUUAUAAGGUCAGAUCUAGCCCCGCUUGCUAAUCUCACACGGCUCGUUUAUUUAGACCUCUCAAGUAAUAAUUUGACCGGUGAGAUCCCAUCGUCACUUGGAAACCUUGUACACCUUCAAUACUUGAUUCUCUAUUCCAAUAAUUUUAUGGGUCAAGUUCCAGAUUCUUUGGCUAACCUAGUUAAUCUUUCAUAUUUAGAUUUAUCAAAUAAUCAACUAGGAGGACCUAUCCAUUCUCAAUUAAAAACCCUUUCAAAUCUAUUGGGUCUAAGUUUAUAUGGUAACUUGUUCAAUGGAACAAUACCAUCCUUUUUGUUUGCUCUUCCUUCUUUGUAUUAUCUUGACCUUCAUGACAAUAAUCUCAUAGGGAAUAUAAGUGAACUCCAACACUAUUCAUUGAUUUACCUUGAUUUGAGCAAUAACCACUUGCAUGGUACAAUCCCAAGUUCGAUUUUCAAACAAAAGAACUUGGAAGUCCUUAUUCUUGCGUCCACUAGUAAAUUGACAGGUGAGAUUACUUCUUCUAUUUGCAAGCUGAGAUUCCUUAUACUCCUGGACUUGUCCAACAACAGCUUGAGUGGUUCUACGCCACUAUGUUUGGGGAACUUCAGCAACUCGCUCUCAGUAUUGCAUCUAGGCAUGAACAAACUUCAAGGCAUUAUCCCUUCAACAUUUACAAAGGAUAAUAGCUUGGAAUAUCUCAACCUCAAUGGAAAUGAAUUCGAAGGGAAAAUACCAUCGUCUAUCAACAACUGUGCAAUGUUGGAAGUUCUUGAUCUUGGCAACAAUAAGAUUGAGGAUACAUUUCCCUACUUUCUAGAAAAGCUUCCAAAGCUGCAAAUUCUUGUCCUAAAAUCCAAUAAACUCCAAGGUUUUGUGAAGGGUCCAACUGCACAUAAUUCCUUCUCUACAUUACGGAUUCUUGACAUCUCUGACAAUGAUUUUAGUGGGUCAUUGCCAACUGGGUAUUUCAAUAGUCUUGAAGCAAUGAUGGCCUCGGAUCAAAACAUGAUUUACAUGAAUGCAACAAGUUACUCUAGCUAUGUCUAUUCCAUAGAUUUGACAUGAAAAGGUGUAGAAAUUGAGUUUCCAAAGAUACAAAGUACCAUCAGAGUACUUGAUUUGUCAAAUAACAAUUUCACCGGAGAGAUUCCAAAAGUGAUCGGAAAGCUUAAAGCACUCCAACAGCUCAACCUUUCUCAUAAUUCCCUUACAGGUCAUAUCCAAUCAUCAUUGGGAAUUUUGACUAAUUUGGAGUCAUUAGAUCUAUCUUCAAAUUUACUUACCGGAAGGAUUCCAAUGCAGCUGGAGGGUCUAACAUUUCUUGCCAUCCUAAACCUUUCACAUAACCAGUUCGAGGGGCGUAUACCAAGUGGAGAGCAGUUCAACACCUUUACUGCAACCUCAUUUGAAGGAAACUUGGGUUUAUGUGGAUUUCAAGUACUAAAAGAAUGCUACGGUGAUGAGGCACCAUCAUUGCUGCCAUCAAGCUUUGAUGAAGGAGAUGAUUCAACAUUGUUUGGAGAUGGAUUUGGAUGGAAAGCUGUGGCAAUGGGGUAUGGAUGUGGGUUUGUGUUUGGAGUUGCAACAGGAUACGUUGUGUUUAGAACAAAAAAACCUUCAUGGUUUUUUAGGAUGGUUGAAGAUAAAUGGAAUCUCAACAACAAAAAAACAAAGAAGAAUGUUGCCAGAUAUGGUGCUAGAAGAAACUAAAUAAUGCAAUUGAUAUUUUCAAAACAAACAAGAUAUCAAGUGGAUUUGACAUUGAAACAACACCAGGGUGGCAGAUUCAUGGUAUUGGAUUCCCUUUACUUUCUUUCUUCUUCUUCUUCUUUUUCAUUCAAGGUUAAUUAGGUGUUACUUCUAUGAAAAAGAUUCCAUGUAUGCAAGCAAUAGUUUGUGUUAACUAUAAAAUCAUUUAUGUUUUGGGUCC